AUGGAAUCAAAAGGCAUCAAGGACUUCGAUGAUUUUACCAAAAAUGCACCCGAGAGAAAGGCCAGGCCAUCGAAAAAUGUCAAAUACUACGCUGUUGCAGGUGGCGAGUCUACUGGGGUUUUCACUCAUUGGGAUGAGGCUGAAAAAGCGAGCAAAGGAACCAUUGCGUGCCAUGAGCGUUUUAACACCAAGAAAGAAGCAGAGGAUUUUAUCGAGAGCUGGAAAGAUGCAUACGCUGAUGUUUGGCGAAGGGAAAUCAGACAGUCGUUGGACAAUGGAUGGAGACCUCGUGAUAUGAAGUUGAACAUUGGAUCAAUUCUGUGCAAAGAAGACGGCAACAAUGUGACGGAAGAUCGCAAUAAGGCGCCCAAAAAUAAGGUUAUUGAUAGUGGUGAACUGCCGAAAGUGGGGUUACUGGCUAUCAAAGAAGAAAACUCGCAGACAGGAGGUCGUCCGAAUUCUGAUUCUGAUGCCGACGAAUUGUCCGCGGAUAGCGAUUCGCCUAUUUCAGGGAAUUAUCUGCAAAACUCAACUGGCACCCUUGAAGAGGUGAAAGAGUUCAUGGUAUCAACGAAUGUAUCCCCCGGCCUACAUCAAGGAUUUCAAGAAUGCACGGAAGUCAAAAGGAGGGUUAGCCGCAACGGUCUGAGCGAAAAAAUUGAGGAGUCUCUUGCAAUCCACGAAAACUGCAAUCCUUCAGACCUAAAAACUGCACAACGUUAG